GCGAAGCUUCAUGCUUGUAUGAAUGCAAUUAAAUUUUGGGUGGCAUGAUAAUCUACUUUCUGGUUACUUAUACGUCAGACAUAAAAUAGCAGUAUUUACCGUCAUGAUACUUUUAAGUGGGUUGAUAUUAACUAUUGAAAUAGCGUUCCAGAAAUACACAUGAGUAUGAAACUAGGUAUAUACAAUUAGCUGUACUCUGUCAUCAUUGUCGUCGAUUUUGAGAAAUAGCAGGGAAAGGCCACGUUGACUGUAUAACCAUAUACACAUAUUUACAUACACCAAACCAGGGAGUGUAUUUAUGACGUCUGUAUGGACUAAAUUAACUAUUCAUAAUGUUUUUAUUUGUUACAUUACCUAAGAAAUACAACAACUUGUGAGUGUAAUGAAAUAUGGUUCUAGAUACUGUAGUUAUAUUACAAGUGUUGGACUGUACAUAAAACUGGCUUGCGGACAAAAUGGGCGAAGAUACAAACUACGAAAAGUUAGAAUGUCGUCUAAAGAGUUUUGAACAGUGGAGAUUUAUGACUGACCCGCAGAAGCUGGCAAAUGCUGGAUUUAAUGCUACAGGAUAUCACGACAUUGUCCGCUGUUUUGCGUGUGGUCUCGGGCUUCGAUAUAUGAUUCCAGAAGAUGAUCCCUUGAUCGAGCACAAAAAGCACGGACCGCCGACGUGUCCCUUUCUGACCAAGAUGUCCGGCGAUAAUCAGAAAGAAGAUAUAGAGGAUAAUGGUGCAAGUGUUUUGACGAAUGAUAAGGCAGGAAAAAUGGACGAACUCUCUGACUUAGAGGAAGAAAAUGUUCGUCUAAAGGAAAGAACUACAUGCAAGGUUUGUCGGGAGAGUCCAGCGAUAGUCCUGUUGCUGCCUUGUAGCCACCUGGCCGCCUGCGUGCAAUGUGGACCCAGCCUUACCGUUUGUCCCGUGUGUGAAAGGAAAGUUGUUGAGUCGGUCAAGACCUUUCUGGGGUGAACUAGAUCAACAUUACAAACAUACCAUUGCUGAAAACGUUCAAAUUGUGCCAGACCGAAAAUCUACUGCAACUCUUUAAUCCAGAAUUCAUUUUCCUUGAUAGAAGAAGUGCAGUUUUUUUAUAGCAUUUUCAAGAUAUAUUUGCAGAGAGAAAGAGAACAAACAGACUGUUUAAGCUAUACAGAUAUGAAACAAAGACAGAAUAUAUUGUGUUCUUAUCAGUCAAUAAAGAAUGUUAAACUACUGUAAAAUGUGCCAAAUAAAAACAAAUUUGUUUUUAUGAAAAGUUUUGAAAGCAUUACAAAACAUCCAUACCAGGCCUGUACAUAUCAUUUAAUUUAUAAAUAAACAAAACGGAUUCAAUAUCUUUCUGUUAGUAAAUAAAAAGCAUGUAACAUCGCGAAUGACAUAGAAAAUUUAUUCAAUAAAAUUGUAUAGCUAAUGGAACAAUACAAGUAUAUUGAUAUAUAGAUCUCCUUUCUAAAAAAGGCUUUCAAUCAAUUAUCAGUGGUAAGUCAUGUCGGUUAUUUAUAUGCUUUAUUCAUAAAUCUAAGAAAUGAUGUGCUUAUUCCCUUACACAUUAUCAAAUACAGGUUAAUUGCCUAGCCAAUCUCACUAUUUUAAUGAAUUUACUAUAUAUGUUGGGAUAUGAUAAUUUAUUUAAAGGUUAUCUGUGCCUAGACGGUGACGGUUGUAAUGUUGCUCGUGAUAAACGUUCACUUUUCUGUAACCUAAUUAUUUUGUAAAAACGAAAGU